CUAUAAUUUAGAACACGAAAUAAAUAUAUGCAAGGAGAGUUUUAUUUCGAUUCACGACGACAUUGAUUGAAAAGUUAUUCCAACACGUUACCUCAUCGUCCUGACGUCCAACUUUUAAUUAUUAUAUACACGUCAAUGGUUCCUGCUUCAUGUACGUAGUUUCUUGCGUUGUUUCCUGCAUUAAAAUUCCAACCUCGAAUCAUUUUCAUUGAUAUGUAGUAUACUAGUAUGUACUCCUUGUUACUCCUCUGUGUCUUGUUCUUGUAUUUCUUGCGUCAGAGAGAGAGAGAGAUAUGAUGAGCAAUAUCCUGAAUCCCAUGUGGGAGCUGGAGGUCAGAGUUUUGUCAUGUGAAGGCCUCAGUCUGAUAAGCGAGUCGUCUUCUUUUUCCUCGUGGUGGUCCUCCUUCAUAUUUACGCCGGCGAAUUCCACGCCCUCGCAUUUCUUUUCCGUGACGAAGCUGCCUGAUCAGAAACCUAAGGUGUACAGUGAGAGGCUGGAAGGCGAAGGAGCAGCAGAAGGAGGGGUGUUACGCGUGCCAGCCGAUUCCCACUUCCUCUCCGAUACGCAGUCUUGUCUGUACCUUCAGAUACACCGGAAGCGGCGGAUUUUGGGGCCGACUCAAGUGGGGUGGUGUCUGAUUCCAGCGUCUGAUAUUUGGCCGCCGCCGCCACCUCCCCCGUGUGUUCGUUGCCUGAGUUACAGGCUACGAGGGAGAGACGGGUGCGCGGGUGGCGCCAUAAUCAACCUCAGUAUUCAGUUGAAGGAUAGGCAUGACGCUGCCGCUGCUUCUCCGGCGAUCGGAAUUCCCACUGGGAAGAUGGAAGAGGGACAGAUGAAAUCUGGGUGCUGAUUUGAUAAUUCAGUUUGGUCUACUGCUUUUGGAGAAAUAACCUUUUUUCACGGUGGAAAAAUAUGAGCUCAACCACAUGCAUGCUUACCAUUUCCAGUCCACUUCUGUGAAACAACGGAAUCCAAGCAAAGCUUGUAAUCUUCAAAAAGAAAAAGGGGAAAGGGAAUUUGAUGAGCCUAGUCUGCGGGGCUCCGAGUUUGGACAGAUGGAGGAAAAUAGGAAUAAUGGGCCGUGGAGAUAAUCAGAGAAAGGCGGGAGCUCAUAACGGGCAUGGGCUGACAGAGAGAGAAAGUGAGAGUCUGACGGUUUACAUGACACCUUACUAUUCAAAAACAAUAUUAAUUACUAGUCUUCUAAACACAUCCUUUCUCAAAUAAUAUUACUCCUCCGGUUCUUAA